AUGAAUAAAUUAAACCAUGACGGCCUGCUUGUUCUCGAACAACCGUUCGUAAAGGUUCCUCUCGAACAGCUCAAGAAAUCAGCACGCACAGCACAAAAGCAACUCGACAAAGAUUUGUCAUAUGUCUCGCAAGCAGUAACUGAACUUGCUAAUAAGUGUGACAACGAGCAAAUCGACCCAGCGAGAGCUUCAAUGACAUUAGAAAACAUGGUUGGGAGAUUACAGAAUCUAAAGCGGAAGUUGACCGACAUUAAAUCAGAAGAGUCUCUCUAUGUAUCUCGAUCUCGUCAACGACUCGAACAUCUUAAUGGUCUCACGAAGAUACCUACUGCAAACUCCGAUGCAUAUACUAGAUGGAGCCGCGUAAGGUUAGACAGAAUUCUAGUUGACUAUAUGUUGCGCGAAGGCUUUAACGAAACUGCCGGACAGCUGGCAAGGGAAGAAGGAAUAGAGUCAUAUGUCGACAUGGAGCUAUUUACACAAUCAAAGAGAGUUGAGCAGGCGUUACAGAGAUUCAGCUGUACGGAAGCUUUGCAAUGGUGUAAUGAAAAUAAGAGUAAUUUAAGGAAAAUGAAGAGUACUUUUGAAUUUAAUCUACGACUACAAGAAUACAUAGAACUUGUCAGAGCAAGGAAAACUUCCGAAGCAAUCACGUAUUCACGUAAAUAUCUUACGACUUGGCCAACAGCUCAUCUGAAAGAAAUUUAUCAGGCGAUGGCGUUACUUGCCUUCCCUUCUACUACCCAAUGUAUGCCAUACAAAAAACUUUACGACCGGGCGAGAUGGGAUGCACUUAUACUGCAGUUCCGUGCAGAUAACUUUGCGCUAAAUUCUCUUACGUCUCAGCCUCUUCUUAGCGUAACACUUCAGGCGGGGCUAUCAGCUUUGAAAACUCCAAUGUGUUAUCAGCCUGAAAAUAAAAACAUUAACUGUCCUGUGUGUUCUGAUACUCUGGGCGAGUUGGCAGAGAAGUUGCCGUUGAGCCAUCACGUUAAUUCGACUAUAGUAUGUCGUUUGAGUGGUGAGAUCAUGGAUGAAGAUAACCCACCCAUGGCUCUACAGAAUGGAUAUGUGUAUUCGCACAAGGCGUUGAAGGAAAUGGCAGCAAAAAACAAUAAUCAAAUUACAUGUCCACGUACUGGAGCCGUCUAUGACCAGUCGACUUUGAAAAAAGUAUUUGUUUCAUAA